GUCACACCAGUGUUACUCUGCCAGUGCCGUGAUGAUCUGCUCCAGCUACUUCCUCAAUGCGGCCUCACAAGGCGUUGAUGCGGCAAUGCGAAGAAGGCUGAUGGCAGUGCACGGAACGCUGUAUACAUAAGUAUGGGGCUCAGACGACCAUGAUGCCACGGCAUUGAGGGAAUCGCCGGUCUUCAGAGCUUCAGACCGCACUGCAGUGUGCACGCAAACGCUGUACUACAGCCAAAAGAUGUCUACCAGUACUACUACCCAGGCCCAAGGGCCGAUCCCUGUAGACCAAGAAACGCUUCCCUGGCCAUUCGACAUCGCGCGCUCAACAGGGACGACCUACAGGCCUCUUCUCGCUGCCAUCCUCGCCACGGACACCCUGCCCACCGUCCCCGUUGCGCCCGACGGGGGGUUCCAAGCCAUCGGGGAAUACCUCCGCAGCGGCGAGUAUUUGAUGGACGCGGAGGACCGCUCGCUCGAGCGGAUCACGUUCUGGGUGUGCCCUGCUGGCACGGCGGGGCUGUUCCACGAGGCGGAGGGCGGCGAGGUGAAGGAGCAUGGGCUGCUGGUCACAGUUGAGCGAGGGGCGAAGGUGGACGAUGUGGUAGAGGCGGUGAAGGGUGCGUUCGUGGAGGAGGGCACGGCGCAUGUACACGUCCCUGCUGUUUGACAUGCCCCAAAGAGCC